CUGAUGAUAUAGUUAUGAUCACUAAUAUUAACGUUAAUGACCAUGGCAAAAUCCACGAACUCCCCGGGAUUAACUAUAGGUAAUAUACGUAUUACGCCUUGAACCUUAAAAUUAUCGGGAGCCUCAGUUCCUGGCUCGGGACAAUGAGUGGAAAAUUGGCAGUCGAUCUGCCUCAUCUUACGGUCAGUUCAUUCAUAGAAUGAGGAAUAUUUGAACAUCAUUUACAUCAACCUAAUUUCAUUUUUGAAUGUGAUUACCUUCACUCAAUUGACUAGCAGCAUUGUAUACAUGUAUAUGCAAGUUGUAUCAAAUGACAAUUGUAAUAAUUUAUCCGAAAACGUUAUUUUGAGCGUACUUCGGUUUACGCAACAGCACGACUUGUAGAUAAAGCCAGAUAGUUUUGGAUUACAUUUCUAUAGUUUAUGUAUUGAUUCGAAAAAUUCAAAGUCACGAAUGAAAAAAAAAACAUCUUUGUAAGUAGAGCGUUUUGUAAAUGUUUCAGAAUCAAUAUAUGAAUUACAAGGGUUCUCCAUCAACCCUGUAUAACGUCCGGUGUUUUUGAUCUUUUUAGAAUGCUCCUUCCCCUAGAAUCUCGGGUAUUGUUACUUCGAUUUCGAUUUCAUUUCAUUAUUUUAUAGAUCCUCCAGUUCGUGUCCGCGUCCUUUAAUUACGCGUUUGUUGUCCUCGAAAUUAUAAAAGAAGUUCAAACAAUACAAAACACUCGAACAGAAAUAAAACUUUUGCAGUUUAAAGAUUUAGAAUCACUGAAGAUAAAUCAGCACGUUCCUGUGUCGUUAAAUACAAUGGAAUGACUUCUUUUCUGCUGACAAUCCCUCAGAGAGAACGACUGCCUUUUGUCAUCGAGGGCCACAACUCAAUGACGGUAGUACCCAGGGAUUAACGGCCAUAUACGGCAAGAUUUCGGGAUUUAUGUCCUGUACAUUCCAAGGAGAGUUAAAGCUUACCCUUCACCGUAAAUCUACACCGCAGAUCAUUCCCUUACAGAGCAGUAAUGGACACCGGCCGUCUGGGGGAUGUCCGGCGGCACGAAAACAAAAACCGGAAGUUCAUGUGCAUCCUUAAUCACAUGGUCAAAUCAAGAUGGGACAUAGUUGCCGAUAGCUUAGAUCGAGAACAAAACGAGAUGGGCGUGAAACUGGAAAAGGCGGGAACUCUGUGGCGCCGGAAGCACGUGCAGCAGAGAGUUCUGCAGCAGUGUCUGAAGAUGAGGCGGGAAAGCUUGGUCAACAGCAGCGCGUGUCGAUACGGCUCCUAUGGUGGGAAACCGUUGUACGCAUUCUCCCGAGAAAUGGAUAAAUUUAUAACAGACAAUCACCCGAAAAAACGGCGGCAGCGAAAAGUGAAACAAGCACUGCUGGAGAGUAUCGAACACGGCAAAAUCCUGCCUCCAGACGAGAUCCCAAAGAGAAUGGACAAAUUCUUCAGCAGUUGGAAGGAGAAGAAAGCUCAGGAAUCGUCGAAACACACGAACUUUUUGUUGAACUUAGAGACUGGAGGAAAGACGUUCAAAAACAAAUCAAUUCCUCCCAUUCGUGGUCUUGUUAAUAACUUUCACAAAUUUACACUUGACGACGAAGAAGAGGAUGAUGUCAAAAGUAAGGAGAGUGAUGUGGAAAACAAGGAUGUUGUUUUGCUUGAACCAGAGGGUAAGGAGAAAGUGGAAUUAAACAAAAAAGACGGAACAAGCAGUGACAAGCGGAGGGUGUUAAAACUACCACCCGUCCAAACCUCAAAAGCCAUGAUCUCAAUGUCUCAAGCAUAAAAUGAUCAGAUCAGUUCCAGAUUUACGCAACAAUUUGUGAUAUAUUUGUGAUAUUUUAUAUUUAUCAUGUUUUAACAACGAUUUAUUAAUACUUUUGACGUUUGACAUUAUGUUUGAUUUCAAAAUGUAUUCCACGAUAUUAUCAUGCUGUACAUGUAAUACGACAAAAUCAUUGGUGCUAUGUUUCAUAAAAGAAAAAUUUGGUUUUUAUA